AUGCAUUUCCAUUCCGCCUUCGCCUCUGUAGUGGCCCUCGUCCUCUUCGGGGCCAACACCAGCGCCGCGCCCGUCGCCGCGGAGGUGUGCUCGGCAAUUGACAACCGGUUCCCCGUCGUGACCUUCCAGUCGUGGAUCACCGACUGCGGCGACAAGGGAGGCCACACCAUGGGCAUGAGCCUAGUCUAUCCGUCCCUCACCGACAUCUGUCUUCCUCUGAACAGCAAUAUCCGCGGUCUGGAUCUGCUGGAGGUUACUGAGGGCUGCCGCAUUACGGCGUAUCGCAGCCCUGUCUGCGACGACUACCCCUACGACGGCACGACUAGGGAUACCGUCGGCUGUCUCUGGGCUGGAAACGAAGAGUUCCACUCGUACAAGUUGACUUGUGACAAGCUGCCGCUGCGUCAGGAUGCUUGA